AUGAUGGAGUCGCGACGUCGUCCAGCCAAGAAAGGAGUGUCUUUCUGCCUUAUGGUGGUUGGUGCAAGUGGCACAGGUAAGACAACAUUCGUCAACACACUGUGCGAGCAAAAUGUGAUUGAACACAAGGACGCCGACAACGCCCAGACGGCUAAUGUAGAGCUUGGUCUGCAGAUUCAGCCUGUCAACUUGGAGGUUGAAUCCGAGGGUCUCCGCAUUGGCCUCACGAUUGUUGACACGCCUGGCUUCGGCGACAGUAUUGACAACGAGUACAUGUUUAACGAGAUCCUGGGUUUCAUUGAGCGCCAGUAUGAUGACAUUCUUUCAGAAGAGUCGCGUAUCCGCCGUAAUCCUCGCUUCCGUGACAACCGUGUGCAUGCACUCGUGUACUUUAUUGCACCCACGGGCCAUUCACUGCGUGAAAUGGACAUUGAAUUCAUGAGGCGUUUGAGCCCCCGUGUGAAUGUGAUUCCCGUUAUUGGCAAAUCGGACACUAUGACGCCAAGCGAGCUCUUCGAUUUCCGCAAGCGGGUCAUGGAAGACAUUGAAUACUAUGGUAUUCCGAUCUAUAACUUCCCAUAUGAUGUGGAAGAAGACCAUCCCGACACAAUUGCGGAGAACAGCGAGCUGCGUUCGUUGCUACCGUUUGCCGUCGUAUGCUCCGAGGAGAAUGUUUCGACGCCUGAUGGUCACCUCACCCUAGGCCGCGCCUACCCAUGGGGUGCGGUAGAAGUGUACAACCCGGAGCAUUGUGACUUCCUUCGUCUAAGGAACGCCCUCUUUGGCACCCACCUCAAUGACCUUAAGGAGAUCACACACGACUUUCUGUACGAAAACUACCGUACGGAGAGGCUCUCUCGUGGCAUGCCUGCGGAUUAUGCCCCGGACGCAUCGCUUCAGAGUGAGGACCUCGUCAACCAGAGUGUUCGCCUGAAGGAGGACCAGUUGCGUCGUGAAGAAGAAAAGCUGCGGGAGGUAGAACUUCGCAUCCAGCGCGAAAUUUUGGAAAAGCGCCAGGAGCUUCUCGCAAAAGAAGAGAAUUUGCGGUCUUUAGAAAGUCGCGUGCAGUACCCGGCUGCCUGA